CUCUUCCCCCUCUGUAUCUCUCUCCCUCUAGCUUUCUCUCUCUCCUCUCGACACCUUGUGUGUCUCCCCUCUUUCACUACCCCAUCAAAAUUUACCUUCUUUCUCGACCACUUAAUUCUCCGUACCCCUUCUAUGUCUACGUCUGCACCCACUCUUUCUAGCUCUUCUGUUGUUUUUCUCCACCCAUCUCUCUCUCUCUCUCCCUCUCCCUGGCCCCUCCCUCAGUUGUGACUCAGAGCACACAGGCUCUCUGCUCUUCUGUGUUAAGCAGGAACGUUCAGCAGCUGUUCGGCACAUCUGGAGCUCCAGAGACUCGUUGCCCUCACACCAGGAGGACCCCGGCCCCACACACACAACUGCAGGAUGCCGUUCGGAGGAGGAAACAAGUGUGGCUGCUGCCAGAAGACUGUGUACUUUGCAGAGGAGGUUCAGUGCGAGGGGCGGAGCUUCCACAAGUCCUGCUUCCUGUGCAGUGAGUACCAGGAAGGGGAGGGGCGGAACUUCCACAAGUCCUGCUUCCUGUGCAUGGUGUGCAAGAAGAACCUGGACAGCACCACCGUGGCAGUCCACAUGGACGAGAUCUACUGUAAGGCCUGCUACGGAAAGAAGCAUGGGCCAAAAGGCUACGGUUAUGGUGGGGGAGCGGGAACGCUGAGCAUGGACACGGGCGAAUCCCUGGGCAUCAAACACGAAGAACCAGCGGCGCAUCGUCCCACCAACAACCCCAACCCGUCCAAAUUUGCGCAGAAGUUUGGCGGCUCGGAGGUGUGCCCGCGGUGCGGCAAGGCGGUGUACGCCGCGGAGAAGGUGGUGGGGGCCGGCAGCGCCUGGCACAAGAGCUGCUUCCGCUGUGCCAAGUGUGGCAAAGGCCUGGAGUCCACCACCCUGGCCGACAAGGAGGGCGAGAUCUACUGCAAAGGCUGCUACGCCAAAAACUUUGGUCCCAAAGGCUUCGGGUUCGGCCAGGGCGCGGGGGCGUUGGCACACGCCCAGUAGGGGGCGGACUCGAGCGACGAGGUCAUCUGGGGGCGCAUUCCCGUAUCCUGUGUAAUCAUGACAUCAGCACUCGCCAAAGGCCGAAGAGCUCUGAGUCACCAGGGUGGACCUGCCUGCGCUAAAGAAAGCUGUCCCUCCUCACGCACACUUCCCUCUUAGGCUUGCUACAUACUCUACGCAAGGAACGCGCGCAACGACGCAACAAGCAACCACGUUUCUUAACGCAACGCAAAUAUGUGCUGCACUUCCACACAUUUCCGUUAGAGGCACUCAAUGUAAAUACUGUCCAACGAACAACUAAAAACUAUUAACAGUCACCAAGGUUACUCACCCCAACCAGACUGGCCUAGGCUGCCCCCUUGUGGAUCAGCGGUGUGUAACCUCAGACAGGGCUAAAGCCGGUAAGCGUGCGUACGGUAUGUAAACACGGCUAGCGUCCCAAAUGUGAGCUGGCGUUUGCGCACCUUGUGUAGAGUACGUGCUAGGCCUUAAAGCGGAAGGAUACAAGCUCCAUUGAUUCCUACAGGGACACCAACAUGCUCCAGUCCAAAAUGACUAAAAUGGCUUCAAGCUGAUAGAUAAAGCAGGCUUCCAAAACUAGAUACCUGCAUGUUUUGCAUUGUAAGUUUCUGGGCUCAAUGUCUUUAGUAUUGGGAAUGUCAGGAAUGUUUUAACCAUUACUUACGCUCUUCAUUCCCCAAUCAUCUCCAUUUAAGGGAAAGAUACCGCAGCGCACGGGUCGGACAGGAAGUGACAGUAUAGCUACAUUCCAACCCAUUUCCUUCUGCACGCGCUCCCUGCUCCCUAAUUCCCAGCGCAAGGUUGCCUAGGAGACCAAACCAGGAGUGAACACAAUGGAAUGCUACCCAAAACACGGUGACCGCAUGCAAGGGCCGCUCACACAGCAUCGACCGCCAAUCACACAGCAUCGACAGCCAAUCACACAGCAUCGACCGCCAAUCACACAGCAUCGACCGCCAAUCACACAGCAUCGACAGCCAAUCACACAGCAUCGACAGCCAAUCACACAGCAUCGACAGCCAAUCACACAGCAUCGACCGCCAAUCACAGAGCAUCGACAGCCAAUCACUGCCUUCAGAUACCGCUACAGCACACCUCUGCUCGCAAAUACCUUUUUACAGUAUCUCCAAGAUAUGUAACACCAAUAUUUUCCAUAGAUAGCCCUUUUUUUAUGUUACAAAAUCAAAAUAUUCUGCCACAUUGUGUGAGUGCUUGGGCAGAUGUUGCGACACUGCGAUUUCAACUAAUGCAUCAUUUAAAUCAGAAAUGCAAUGGAGGCUGUAUAAAUAAUAAUGUAUUAUCGACAAUUAAAACCGCAACAUGCAAAGAAACUGGCA